AUGAAGCACAAUUUUUCAUAUCUCAGAAUUAUCGAUCAUUUUGGAGGAGAAGUCUCAAACUUCGGCUCGCAUUUGCGACUUGUUUCUUUGAUGGAAAGAGGAUAUUGCGAUAAUGACAGCGGUAGAAAUGCUGCUGUGAACGACUCUGUAGGUGACCGCUACGUGCCUCCGCAUAGGCGCAAUCGCGGCGGGGGCACUAGCGAUGCGCCGCGUCAGCCGCAACCACGCUACGAGGAUAAUGAUCGCUCGUACGGAAGCGGUGGAGGUAGAAUGGGAGGAGGCUACCGCGACGGGGGGAAUCGUCGUGGGAAUUACGGUGGAAGAGACUCCUUCGAAAGAAAUGAUCGGGGCAGCGAAGGUCGUGGAGGUUUUGACCAAGAUCGUGGCUACAGUGGUCGUAACAGUGGACGUUUCUCUGAUCGUGGCUAUGGCCAACGUAAUGGUGGUUCGUACGGUGCUGGUCGUGACGACUAUCAAAAUUCUGGUGGACGCGGUUUCAGCCAGAGGUCAUUCGACUCUCAACCAGUGCGCAGAGAUAACGGCGAUCGCGAAGAUGCCAAAGGACGUUGGGCAGGCCUCCGUGAAGAUGGUCCUCCGCCCGGAAAGUGGGAACGCCAGCAACCACGCGACGAGCGCUUGGAAGCAGAGCUAUUCGCAGGCCAGUUGUCGGGAAUUAACUUCGACAAGUACGAGGAGAUCCCUGUAGAGGCAACAGGAGAGGAUGUGCCCCCGCCGAUCUCAUUGUUCUCUGAUUUGAAACUUCACCCUUGGAUUGAGGAGAAUAUUCUACGUUCUGGUUACAAUCGUCCCACACCAGUGCAGAAGUAUUCGAUUCCGGCGCUUAUGGCCGGACGCGACCUAAUGUCGUGUGCCCAGACAGGAUCAGGAAAAACGGCCGCUUUCCUUGUCCCUCUCAUCAAUGCUAUUCUGCAAGAUGGUCCUGGGGCGCAGCACCCUCCAACCAUGUCACACCAUGGCCGUAAGAAGCAGUAUCCGUCUGCAUUGGUGCUCUCUCCAACGAGGGAACUCUCUUUACAAAUCUACAACGAAUCACGCAAAUUCGGUUAUCGUACGCCGAUCACCUCUGCGUUACUUUACGGUGGAAGAGAGAACUAUCGAGAUCAGAUCAAUAAACUGCGUCUCGGUUGUCAUAUUCUUAUUGCAACACCUGGCCGUUUGAUUGAUGUGAUGGAACAGGAAUACAUUGGUUUAAAGGGAUGCCGCUACUUAGUGCUCGAUGAAGCCGAUCGUAUGCUUGACAUGGGUUUCGAACCGCAGAUUCGUCAGAUAGUGGAUAUGUCGACGAUGCCACGUAGAGGAGAUCGAGUUACGGCAAUGUUUUCAGCGACAUUCCCAAAAGAGAUUCAGAUUCUUGCACAAGAUUUCCUUAUGCCUAAUUAUGUCUUCUUGGCUGUGGGCAGAGUCGGGUCAACCUCUGAGAAUAUUAUGCAGAAGGUCGUAUGGGUUGAAGAACACGAAAAACGUUCGUAUCUCAUGGACUUACUGGAUGCUGGAGGUCAAAAUUCACUGACGUUGGUGUUCGUCGAAACGAAGCGAGGAGCUUCUGAUCUCUCAUAUUAUCUCCAAAACUCCGGUUAUGAAGUGGUGGCGAUCCAUGGAGAUCUUAAACAAUUUGAGAGGGAGAAACAUUUGGACUCCUUCAGGUCAGGUGCCACUCCAGUGAUGGUGGCCACAGCGGUGGCAGCCCGAGGUCUUGAUAUUCCGAAUGUUAAACACGUGAUAAAUUAUGACCUGCCUGCAGAGGUAGAUGAGUAUGUGCACCGUAUCGGACGCACGGGACGUGUAGGAAACAUAGGUCUUGCAACAUCUUUCUUCAAUGAGAAGAACAGAAAUAUUGCGAGGGAUCUCAUGGACCUCAUUGUCGAAGCUAAUCAAGAGUUGCCUGAUUGGUUGGAGCGCGUCGCGGGCGAUGUUGCUCGUUAUGGCACUCGUAGUGGAGGUGGUCGUGGAGGUCGCGGCGGUGGUGGAAAUAAGUUUGGAGGUCGCGAUCACCGUAUUCAGUACAGCGGUGGUGGUGGUCAGGGUCCUGGUUUUGGUGGUCAACGCGGCUACCAAAGUGGCGGCGGCGGUGGUUUCGGUGGUUCUACACAACGUCAGAAUAAUCGUGCUCCUCCACAAGAGGAUUGGUUUGGCAACUAA